AUGGAUCGUCACAUGACAAACCUAGUUACAGCUAUUAUAAAUAGCCUUUGUUCACCUUUCGCCGUUGUCGCCAAUUUCCUCGUAGUGUUUGCGAUCGCACGCAACAGCGGCCUUCACUCACCUUCCAACCUUCUUUUGGCAAGCUUGGCGUCCUCUGACCUCUUGGUCGGUCUUCUGGUACAGCCAUGCUACGUUGUGUUCCGCUUACAGGAAAAUAUUUUGCAUUUUGUGCCCUGUCUGUUGAGAGUCGUUUACUCUGAAACCUUCUGGGUUUGUUACGGAGUGUCGUUUCUGACACUAAGCGCCAUCAGUAUUGAACGCUAUAUUGCACUGCGCGUGCAUCUUCGCUACAAGGAGCUGGUCACCACACAGCGCGUUCUUAAGCUGGUUGUCAGCCUCUGGGUUCUAGACAUUACCCUAACUUCCUUGGAAUGGAUCUGGCAAAGCAGGCACUUGCGAAAGGUUCACGUUUUCCUCUUACUUCUCUGUCUCUUUGCCACCUUUGGCACACAUAUGAAAAUAUUCUGGAUUCUCCGGCGACAUCAGCGUCAAAUAAACAGCUUCACUCAUAUGCCACCAAAGAGGAAUCUUCAGCGCCAAACAAGACUCGCAGUGAAUGUCUCUUACAUCUUUGUCAUCUACAUCACUUGUAACAUCCCGGUACUGCUCAUCAUGGCGUAUCUGUUCGCUGGAGGACAUUUCGACACUUUUAAUGUUUGUAGCUGGACGGAGACUAUAGCGUUUUUAAAUUCUUCGAUUAAUCCUGUCAUCUGCUGUUGGAGGAAAAGAGGGAUAAAAAAAGGUGUCGUCGAUGUCUUCGCAAAUAUCGUUUGCUUGAACAAAACAUCGAGAAGGGAACUUGGCAAAACAUUUGUCGCGACGAAAGGCGAUAAAAAAGCUAGAAUGUCAGCUUAUGUCAUAUGGAGGAAAUGAAGGUGAAGAACUCAAUAAA